UUUGUUAAAAAAUUCCUUCUUCUCUCUCGCUCUGUCUCAUUUCUCGUCUUCGUGGCCGUCGAAUCUGAAAUGAUCGGAGUACUCCGCAGAUCUUCCUUGCCGUCGAGGCAUGCUCUCUCCGCCGCGCUGACCUCUUUUGACUCGGGUCUCUCACUCAAUAUCACUUCAGCCGCCACCGGAGCCUCCGUGAAGCUGAAUCUGGUUGGGAAUGGAUCUACUCUCUCCUCCGCAUCGUUCGUUAUCAGCGCGAGGGACUUCCACAUCAGAUCUGAGCCUUCUAUGGUUUCCCCGGCGAAGAUCUCGUUUCGAGGUUACGCCACAGGGAGUGAAAGCAGCAUCGGAGAUUCAGCUAAGAUCAAAAUCUCUCCGGAGAAUGUCAAACCAUUGAGCAAGAAGAAGAAAGGAGGAGGAGAAAGCACAUCAAAGAUCAAAGGAACGAGGAUCUGCAUUGCGAUCCGUUCAUUCGAUAACCCGGAGAAGGAAGCUUGGUGUCUUCCUCCUCACAGUCGCUACGCCGCCAUGCCCGACACAAGGACCUUGUACACGGUGCUUCGUUCCCCUCACGUCGACAAGAAGUCCAGAGAGCAGUUCGAGAUGAGGUUCAAGAAACGGUUUCUUGUCAUCAAAGCUCAGAGCCACGAGCUUAGCAACAAGCUGUUUUGGUUGAAGCGUUACCGUAUCCUCGGAGCUCAGUACGAGCUGCAGUUCCACUGCAAGACCCGUUUGGAUAUGUCUCCUGUGUUAGGCAGCAAGUGAGACAGGGCUUAGAGAUAUCGUUUCUGAGAAUGUUUACAGGUGGGGGUUUUGACCUGAUCCUGCAAUAAUGUCUGAAUCUUACGGGAUUCAACAGAUAAGUCAGCUAUACAUGGUUUUAGUUUGAAUUUUGGUGCGCAAUGUUAUAUGCCAAUUCAUUAUGUGUUUGUUAGA